UGACUCCUGUUUCUCCUUGGCCCCCUUCUAUUUAGCAUUUACCACCAGCCUGAACCAAACCUACCCAGAAAGAUGACCUCUCUGCAAAGUUCAAGAAUCCCACAUGUCUCCAUAGAAAUUUAUUGUCUAAAAAAUGCUUUGCCAUAUAUUAUCUCACUUAAUCUCCACCACUAUCCUGUAUGUAGGAGCCAUAAUUCCUAGAUGACAAAUGAAAAUCCUAAUGUUUUUCAGUAUAUGACAGUUAUACUGUCUUAGGUAUAUGACAAAGCCAGAACUGAAAAUCCAGGCCUCUUGAAUCCCAGCUCAGGAGAGGAAGAAACCCCAAGUCAAAGAGAAUUAUCUGCUUUUCUAGAUUGUUCACACCAUGGAUCAGCUCCCCACUUGAAGGCAGAACCAAGUUCCAACUUCAAUGAACAACCAUCAUCAUUUAACCAGGAGAUCCUCUUGGAAAGAAGAUGCUUCCUCUGAUGCCCCGGAGGCUCUUCCCACCAAGGCCCCUGUGACGCUUGCUGAACUUGAUGAAGAGGUCACAGGUCCAGUGGAACCUGCUUCACCCCAAGAGACGGCAGCAACUCAGGACAUACCCGGGGUCACCCCGGGGGAACCAGGACUAAGCUCCGUGAAAUCCACAACAGAGAGAAGAAUCUCAAUAGCACGACGUGCCAUUGAAGGAGCAGGAGAAGGACUGCAGGAAAGAAUUGAAGAUGGAAAAAAUCUCAUCCAACGUGGAGAUGAAAUUGCAGCAAAAGUGAAGAAGAUAUCCAGUUCACUAGCAAUUUGAAAGGCUGAAAAGAAUGGGAUCUCUGGCCUUAACGCCUUAAACUUGCUUGCGGCCCAGAGCAAUUAAACUGAAAGC